GCAGAUGCAUUAGUCAAUAUUUAUUAUCGCAGUUGCGUUUAGUUGCAUUUAUUGAUAAAAUCUUAAUAUCUCUAAUCAAAGAUAUAAGUUAUAAUCAAUUUAAACAUGGAUUCUCUCUCCGAUACCGAAUUAGGAGAAGACGAGGAAGAUAUUCUUGUAUACGUCGAAUUCGAAGGAUUUGUUAAUAAUAAUAUAUUUUCAAAUGGAGAACUGCAAUUAGAUAUGAUUGGAAUAGAUACAGACCAUCCUAUAAUGCAAAUUGAUGGAAGGUUUUAUGAGGGUACUUAUGAGGAUGCUGUAGGAACUUACAUGUUUUUUGAUAAAGAUGACCAACCGGUGAUCAAUGAUCCCGUGUUUGAUCAAGUUCCAACUUUAAAAUAUUUUGGAAAGACUAGAAAGGUAUUAAAAAUGCAGAGAGUAUUUGUUAAGCAAAGGGUAGAAGUUCUCGGUGAUUCUGAGCAUAGUAAAUGUAUUCCAAAUAUUGAUACGAUUAAAGAAGCUGGCAUUCCACCUAUGUAUCAAUCACAAGCACUUUCCUUUUGGAAGAAUAUAAGAGAUAAAAGAAUAGAUGCUUUAUGUGCCUAUUUGGAAAAACAGAAGAUUAGAGAAGAAAAGAAGUCACAGGGUAUUGCGCUAGAUUCAGAAUCUGAUGAAGAUAAUCCAUUCGCUAUGUACAAGUAUAAAAAGGAAAUGAAAAGUGAACAAAACUUGGAAAAUUCUAACAUCAAAUCAUCAGUGGAUGUAAUUAAUUCUUCUACAAGUAAAAAAAAUUCUCCAAAAGAAGUUAUGGAUAAUGUAUCUGAACAUAUUCAUUCUAAACCAUCUACUUCAAAAACUAACGAUCUCUUUGCUAAGAUAAAUAAUAAAGUACGCAGACCUACUAAAGUAGUUAAUAGAAAGAAAGUAUAUAUUAAAAGUAAAUCGACAAAAAAACAGAAAAAGAAAUCAAAAGUGGUGGAAGAUGAAUUUAUUCAAAAUAAUGAUGAUUUUAACAUGAAAUCAACAUCUUUAAUGGAGAAUCAAAUUUUUAAUGAUUCUGCUAUGGAUAUUGAAGUGAAUAAUCUAUCCGAUAUUAUACAAGAUAAAAUUACAAAUAAUUCUGAUGUGAAGGAUAAUGUACAGGCAAAUAAAGAUAUUAAUACAGAUAUUAGCACGGUUGAAACGGAAGUGAAAACAACUGAUACUAUACUUGAUUUUGUAGAAAAUACCAUAGAUAAAAAGCGUGCUAAGUUAUUAAGGCGGGAGGCAAAAAUGAAAGAGAUAUCGGAAAAAUUGAAAUCUUUUGUAGAAUGUGCCAAAAUGAAUACAAAUCAGUGACAAGGAAAAAUAGAUUGAAGAUUUGCAUUGGAAAAAAGGAUCCAAUAUCCUCUUAGUGAAAUAAUGGAUUGUCCAAUGUAUAACGGAUUCACCAAUCUAAAUCGCCAGGUAGUUCGUCAGGAUAUUCUCCUGUCAAGCAAGCAGUGCAGUGACCAACAUAACUGCUU